ACUUUGCGCAUGCGCCACGUCUAUGUUGUUGUUUGUAAGAUGGCGGCGCUCGGAGAUACCUCAGCUCCGGGGGUGAACGGGUUAAUACAACAAUUCACAGCAAUAACAGGGGCCACAGAGAGUGUAGGAAAACAUAUGCUGGAAGCAUGCAACAACAACCUGGAGAUGGCAGUGACCAUGUUUCUGGAUGGAGGUGGGAUAGCAGAGGAGCCCAGCACCAGCUCCAGUUCUGUGGCAUCAAGCAGCAGAGCGCCCUCUACAGAUGAAGUGCGAGCACCAAUUCCCCAGAAGCAGGACAUAUUGGUGGAACCAGAACCACUUUUUGGAGUGCCAAAGCGAAGAAGACCUGCUCGAUCAAUAUUUGAUGGUUUCCGAGACUUUCAGACAGAAACAAUACGCCAGGAACAGGAGCUGCGUAACGGUGGAACAGUGGAUAAGAAACUGAGCACCCUGGCAGACCUUUUCCGGCCUCCCAUUGAGCUCAUGCACAAAGGCAGCUUUGAGACGGCUAAAGACUGUGGACAGAUGGAAAACAAGUGGCUAAUGAUCAACAUCCAAAAUGUUCAAGACUUUGCCUGCCAGUGUCUGAACAGGGAUGUGUGGAGUAAUGAUUCAGUAAAGACGAUCAUCAGAGAACACUUCAUAUUCUGGCAGGUAUAUCACGAUAGUGAAGAGGGACAAAGAUACAUCCAGUUCUAUAAGCUGAACAAGUUUCCCUACAUUUCUAUCCUGGAUCCACGCACAGGUCAAAAAAUGGUGGAGUGGAACCAGCUGGAUGUGGCAUCGUUCCUGGAGCAGGCAACUGGCUUCCUGGCAGAGCAUGGGCAGCUCGACGGGCCAUCCUGCCAUGCACCUCCUGCCAAACGAGCUCGCUCUGAAAGCUUAAUCGAUGCCAGUGAAGACAGUCAGUUGGAGGCAGCGAUCCGAGCUUCCCUACAAGAGACCCACUACGAGUCCUCAAAUGUCCCCGAACCCCCCGAUUCUCCCCGAUCAGACGAUGAAUCAGACGCAGAGCCUUUCUCUGACAGCGAGGGCCCCUUUUCUGUUGAUGGCUCAGACAGCGAGACACCAGCACCCCACGAAGAGAAAAGUUUGACUGGCAAACACACGGUGGCCCCUUCAGCCUCUGCAGCCCAGCCGCGUCUUCAUCCUGAUAGUUCCACUUCUUCUCACAGAAAAUCGCCGUACAAAGAAAACAACCACAGUCACAAGAAAGAGGAGAGCAAAAAGAACCACCUGGAGCCAUCGGCUGCUGGUCCUCGUCAUCCUCAGCCUGAUUCAGACUCUGGAGGGAACCACUGUGCCCCACUACCCGAAAGCGCUGGAACUUCGAAGAUCAGCACCACCACAACUUGUGAUGUGGACUGUCCUGAGGACAAUGGUCCCAAAGCCAGGUUGAUGCUCCGCUACCCAGAUGGACAGAGAGAGCAAAUUUCCUUGUCGUCGAAAGCAAAACUUUUGGCCCUGGUAAGACACGUCCAGUCCAAGGGUUACCCUAACGAACGCUUCGAACUCGUCACCAACUUUCCCAGAAGGAAGCUCGCCCACUUGGACUAUGACAUCACAUUGCAGGAGGCAGGGCUGUGUCCACAGGAGACUGUAUUUGUGCAGGAGAGGAACUAGCCUUCCAGACAUACUCACUUUUUGCUUGUCUGUAUCUCUGGUAGACCUCACCCUUUCACCAAUGAUGUGGGAUGAUGUUACUGGCCUUGAUCCCAUAACCUUUUGUUCUGGAGGUGGCCCCCAUUUUUUGCCAAGACAGCUAUGGGUGGAUGGGCUACUUUCAUCACCACUCCACUAGUCCGAAUACUGACGUCUCUACUGACAGCCUAAUCCCUUUGUAGUGCUCUACAAUUGGCCAGUAAGAUGUAGUGGAAGCCAGCACUCUUUAAUGUUUUUAAUACAGUAUAUACUCUGCUCUGAUGUAGGCCUCAUUUAGUUUUGAACACUGAGGCAUAUCAGAAUAGAAUAUAUAUCAUAUAGCUUAUCUUCAAUUUAAAAAAAAAAAACAAAUAAUAGAUCACUAAUCGAGGAUGGGCCACCAGGGACUUGUACAAAAAGACUUAUACCUCCCAGAAAGGACAUUAAAUCAGUCAGAGUUUAUUUUCUAGCUGUUCUUGUUAUUUUCUCUACCUGGGACAGGUAAAGGGAGGCUCAUUCUUGUUUAUUUUGACCCAAAUUUGGUCUCUCACUCAGUCAUUGUUGAAACAGUUGUAAUUAUUUGGAAAGCAGGGGCGCCAAGAGGCGAGGUCCAAAAAUUACAAGUUGUGAAAAUGUGUCUUUUGAUACAGAAGGGAAUGAAUAAAAAGGUGGUACAUCUCAUCAGUCACACCUGCACUGUACAGAGAUGGCUUAGAGAGACUGAUAUUUCGAUGUAGUCAUUGUUUCCUUUCUUUUUUAUAUGCUGCCAAGAAAAUAUGCUGAUGUUGAAAUAUAACCACCAGAAAACCAA